UCAUACGUUCAUUCUUCAUUGAUGUACGCUCUUCGCUUUCACUUCUUUCAUUUCACUAAUGUGAAUGAAACGAAGAGUGACAAAGAGUGUUUUGUUCAAUGUAAAAAUUAAAUUCAUAAAGAAAGGAGAACAAAAAAUUGUGAAUCGUUUAUUUUGUAGUCAGUGAUGAUUCUAAAAGUAAUUGCAAUUUAAAAAUUGUCGGUAAAUGUAAAUGUGAAAAAACAAAAACAAUUUUUAAAGAAGAAAAAAUUGCCAAACUACAAAUAAAUUUAAAGAAAAACGAGUGAAUUUCUUUUAAGAAAAAGAAAUUAUGGAAAUCGAUAAAGAACUAGACACGUCCUUAGCAAAGGAAAAUUCCGAUUCCGUUGAAAAAAAGUCCGAUGAUUCAAAAACUGAACCAAAAGAUGAAAAAAUAGAUGAUGACGGCAAUAAUAAAGAAAAUAAAAAUAAAUCCAAGGAUAAUAUUGAAAAAUCACAAAAUGAUGAGAAAACAAAUGAAAAUGUAAUUAAAGAUCAAGAUUCAAAAAUUACAAAUAAUAUCGAAACUUGUGAAUCAAAAAUUCAAGAAACUGAUCAAGUUUCGAAAUCAAAAAACGAAGAAAGUGAAAAAAUGGAAAUCGACGAACAACCUGAUAAAUCGAAAGAAGCCGAGGAUAAAGAAAAAUCGUUAAUUACUUCGAAAUCGAACGAAAAAACAAAUUUGGAUAUUAAAGAAGAAAAAGUCACGAAAAUUGUAACCGACAAUCAGGAAAAGAAAAAUAUCCCAGAAAAAGAAGAAAACAAAGCACAAGCAACCGUUAAAAAAAUUAAUAAAACUCAAGAGAAAUCCCCUGCAGAAAAAAAAGUCGAAACUGCAAAAACUUCUCCGGCAAUAAAUGAAAAUGAAAAGAAAUUGGAAACUAAAUCCAAUUCAGAAGACACAACAACUGAAACAAUUGAAAAAUCAAAAGAAAUUGAAAAUAAAACUACCUCAGCAGAACCUGUGAAAUCCGUAACUCCAAAACCAAAACCAAAAUUAACAGAAAAACAGUCGGUAAAUAAACCCAAUGUUGGAAAUACAAAAAUAACAACACCCAAAGCAGUCGAAAAUAAGCAAUUGGAGAAUAAAAGAAAAUCAACUUUAGAAACAAAUGAAACAACUGCCGAAAAAUCAAUAACAGAAAAUGUUUCCAAAAAACGUAAAAUCCAAGAAACUACUCCCCAAACGAAUAAUAAACAACAAGCUGUGAAAAAAGCAGCAAACACCAAAAAAUCGAGUGAUUUACCGGAAAUUAAAUCAAACUCGGAAAAAGUAACAAAGGAAGAAAAUUCUGAAGUUGUGAAAAAGAAGAAAACUGAUCCUCCAAAGGCGAAAAAAAAUAUCGAUUUUACUGAUGAGGAUAUUAUGAAUAAUUUGGAUGAUAUCGAGGAUAUUAUUUGUAAUUCAUCGUCGUUUAACGUUAACGAAGAUACGAAAAUUACUAAGAAAAUUUGUGAUCAAAAGGACGAGUCACAUCUAAUGAAGAGUAAAAAUGAUUGGUAUGAACCUAAGCUUCAAGAAAAGCAUGAGCUCGUUAGAGAACGUCUGGCAAAAUUGGCACGAGUUUUGGAAUAUUCUUAUCCCUCGUACAAAAAAUGGUUGAAUGCUGUUCAAACCAAUAUUGGAACACCAGUUUGUAGACUGAAACCACCGAGACGUUGUUCAUUGAAACACCCGCACACAAAUAGAUGGAAAUUUACAUGCAACAAAAUACGAGAACAGCUGCCAACAGAGGACGAGAAUAUGCGGCGAGGACGAAUAAUCUGGACUUUGGACUUGUCAGGUGCCCAGGAAACAGAUUUCAAUAAUCCCAACGAAUAUCCACCUUUUGUAAUGCGUGCUGUCAAGGUAUUUGAAAAUUUUCUCUCAACAACAACAAAUGAAUGUGAUGAAGGUGUGACAUUUUAUAGAGAAGAAGUGCCGAAGAGUGUGAAAAAUAUUGCUGAAAUUGCUGCCGUCGAUGAUAAACCAGCUCCAAAAUUAAAAUUAGAUUGGCUUUGGCUUUUGGUUCGUUGUAAUCGUAAAAAUGAACUCAUGUUCUUUGUGACUGCAAAAAAUCUCAACGCUGAAAUGAUGAAUCGAUUGAAAGCCCUCUUUGAAACUGGAGCUGGAAAGGAUUGCAAUGUCAAGUCACUUUAUUGUAAAAGUAUUAUGAGAGCUGAUAAUGAAAAUCAUUCAAAUACAACAUUUGUGAUGGGAGUUGAGGCUCUCGAGGAAGUUGUUAAUGGAGUGAAACUGCAACUUGGACCGAAGACAAAUUUCUGGUCCAACGCAGCCGGAGCUGAAAAUCUCGGCAAUGCGAUUUCUGAUCAUCUCUCACCAACACCAAAAACAACAGUCGUUGAAAUCGGUUGCGGAAUUGGAUUAAUGGGCCUUAUGAUGAGCAGUAAAUGCCAAAAAAUUAUUGGAUUAGACGAACAGGCUGAAAUCGAGGAAGCGGAAUUAAUUUGUCAAUUAAAUAACAUCAAGAACGCGACCUUUGUGAUUGGACAACCAAAAGAGGUAAUGGCCACGAUUGCAAACGUUCUAUCGAACUCUAAAGCAUCCGCUAUUGUCAACAAUAAUUCUUCCAUAGGACGAGGAGUCGAGAUUAUGACGAGUAUUCGAAGAAUUUCAUGUUUACGACGUUUAGUGCUAGUGACAACUCUGACAAAGCAAUCAGUUCGUUCAAUUUUAGAACUCACCAGACCAGCGCAAGGUCCGAUUGGAAAUCCUUUUAUUCCAAUUAGAGCGUGCGUCGUCGAUACAUUGCCAGCUGGUCCACAUUUUGAAACAGUCAUUCUCAUGGAGCGUAGAGUUAUGGAAAAAAUUAUCCCCUCACUUGAUCUAAGACCAAAAACUCAUCCAGCAAAUGCUGGAAAAGCAUUGAAUAAAGCAGCCAAGGAUAAUACAGAAAAAGUUUAUCCUCAGAAAUUCGAACCUGUUAAACAAGCAGUAACAUUGAGGAGAAAUUUUGCCAAAAAUAACUCACAAGAUAUGAUAUUCGAUGUGAAGAAUAAAAUUAAUCCGAAGCGAAGUCAUUCGCCGGAGAUUAUUAAAGAAAUCCCGUCAAAACAGACAAAAAAACCGAUAACAUUCCACGUGAAAGAAACACAAAAGAAAAAACCCUGGGAGGAAGCGGCGAAUAGAGCAAAAUUGACGACAGUACGACGAGCAUUCGAUGAUCCACCGACUAAAAAACCCUGGGACGAUAAAUCUUCAGAGUCGGGUGAUUCGUUAUCGAAACGUAAACCCUGGGAAGAAACGCCCACGAAGAAAAAACAACCCUGGGAGGAAACGAAGGAGAAAUGGGAGAAAGCAGCACUGAAGAAGCAAAAGGAGGAGAAUUUGCGAGUGAAUCCUCUAAGUGAGAAAAAAUCCCGCGAACCACAGGAUCUUCGAGAAAGACUCUCGGCCAGUCGAGCCGAAACUUCACGCGGUGAAGUAUUCGCACAAAAAGUUAAGGAAGGCGUUCGCCUCAUUAGCAAAGCGAAGGAGAAAAUUAACACACCCUCUGUGCCGUUGGACGAGGACACGGCGAAACAACUCGAGAACAUGCUCGACAUGGUUCUUGAGCAAACGACAAAAAUUCAUAAUCAAGUCUCCGUUUGGGAUCGUAUCGCCCCUGCGCCAAACAACGAUAUUUCCGAGGACUCGACCUUUGAGAGUCGGGAGAAGAAAAUUAAAUUUGAUCCAGUGGUGGCGAAAAAGUACAACAAUGUCCAACCAUUGGAACCUGAUAAUGUCCUUCCGGCUGAGUAUGCAUCGACAAGCGCAUCGGGAGCUAGUAAAUUUAACAAAAAGAAGUAUCGCGGUCAAUAUCGACAGCAUUUACUGGAGAAAAUGAGUAAAAUGAAAGCCGAAUUGGCCGCGCAGAAGAGGCAGACAUUGAAUGACGAGUUUCGAUCGGCUUCACCGUCGAGAAUAUCGAUGUCGCCAUCAAGAUCCGUUUCGCCAAGGAGGCGCGAUAUCUACCGUCAUUCGCCGGGAAAACACCCGGGACGACGCUCACCGAUGAAACUAUCGCCUGGCAAACGAUCACCGCCGAGAAUGUCGCCGAGCAGACACUCGCGGUACUACGAUCCUCAUCAUCGUUCACCAUCGCCAAAGCGACCCUACUCCCCGAUGCAACGAAGCAUGUCGCCAGUGAGACGCGAAGUACGCCGAGUGCGGCACUCGCCACCACCCCGACGAGUCUCGCCCUACUCUCGCGGAUCCCCUCGAUGCAUGUCACCACCCCAACGAGGAAUCUCUCCACCCCGACGCGAAAUGUCCCCAGUGCAUCAUCAUCUCUCCCCCCCUCGUCAUUCACCCCCCAGACGAAUGAAAUCGCCUCCCAGGGCUUCGCCACCACGUUACGAUUGGGAUAUCCCCAGUCGCGGUGCAAUCGAAGGCAAUACUUGGAUCCGUCCCGAGGAGCGUUACGAAGACGAGAGAAAACGCAUCCCAUGGAACUCGCCAACGCAUUCUCGCGAAAAGGAAAUUGAACGUUACAAAAUGAGUCCACCGGAGAACUGGAAGAAACCGAGUUCGUCAACAACCGACAACUGGUAUCCGAAGGAAACAAAGGGUCCAAACUUCUCCCCAACCGAGAAGCGGUCCUGGAGUCCACCAGCGUCUGACAAUUGGAAACAACGCCCCAAAGAAUCGAAACCCUCCUGGAUGGAGAGCACCCGUUGGAAGGGGAAAAAUGACAAAGACGAAUGGCAUGAUUUACCAGAGGACGCGAGGGAUCCCUGGGGCGACGAAGGUCCCGAGGAAGGCUGUAAAGAAAUUCUCUCUAAAUUCAAUCCACCAAAUUGGGACAUGGAGCGAAGGCAGAGUCAAAAUUGGAUGCAAAAUCAAGGAAUGGGACCACAAAUGAUGAGUCACAGUGUUAACGUCCCACAGCCAGUGCCACAUCCAAUGGAAUCGCAUUCGAUGACCAAUAAAUCGCAAUGGUCUCAACAGUCCGGACCUCAGGAAUCGAGAAUGCAAUGGACGCCGUUGAGUGAUAUUAUGAAGAGAAUGCAGGGGAUGCAGAAUAUGCAAGGAAUGGGAAAUAUGCAGGGAAUGGGGAGUAUGCAAGGAAUGGGGAAUAUGCAAGGAAUGGGGAAUAUGCAGGGAAUGCAGCAGAAUAUGCAAGGAAUGCAGAGUAUGCAGGGAAUGCAGCAGAAUAUGCAAGGAAUGCAGCAGAAUAUGCAAGGAAUGCAGAAUAUGCAAGGAAUGCAAGGUGGCUCUUGGCCUAGACCCGAUCAAUCAGUUAUGAAUCCUUAUCAUCAUGGACCGAAUAUGGGAUAUCCUCCGAGGCCUGGAUAUCCAAAUAUGUACCCGGACAGACCCUGAAGAAUCGAUUAAAAAUUUUGCUGUCGUGUCUUUUUUACAGUCAUCUUAAUUUAGAAAAUAAAAAUAAUAAGCGAAUCCUACGUUGCAAAGAAAAAAAGAACAAUGCAAAAGAUACAAAAUAUUUAAGGUAACAAUGCUUGUGAAAUGAGAAAUGGUAAAAGAUUAACGUUAGAUUCAAAAAUUGUGUACACAAAAACUUUAUUUACAUAAAAUAUUUAUAUUAAUAAUAGCACUUUCCAUGAAAGGAUAGCUUUCUUUUGUGAUUACAUUGACAAUUUUCUAAUGUAAUUAAUUUUACUUUUUUCUUUUUUAAAAAAAAUCAAAAAGGAAAACAAAUUUUUUCUAAAAAAAAAAAGUUCGGAAAAAAUCUUUAUUGUCAUGAUUAUAGAAAAAAAUUUUUUUAAAGAACUAAAUUUUUUUGUGAUUCAAUUUAAAUGCAUAAAAUACUUAUUGAUAAGCAGUCAGAGUUCUAUUUUGUUCGAAUAGUUUAUUUUUCAUAUAGUAAAAUCAAAAAUAUGUAGUCGUGAAUGCAGUUUGAGUUCAUAAUUUUUUUCCUAUUCUUUAUUAUUAUGUUAUGUACAUUAAUAUGUAAUUUCCGUUAUCUGUUCUAUCUUCAAAUAAACAUAAAUGAAAAUAAA